AAUGAAAUCGUUUCGUAUUCACGGUGCUUGGACGCCAUCUCAUAAACGUGUGGUCGCAUAUAAAGACGGAUGAAAGACACGGGCAAAAGCCAGUCAAAAUUUUCCAAGUGGAGUUAACAGUGUUUUUGGCCAGCGAUAAUGUGGAGAACGCUGACCCUCGUGCUUCUCUGUAUCGGACUAGCAACGUCAGAUUUAUCGCCAUAUAAACCAAGGGGAUGGCGUCCUAAUGGUCAACGCUUUAAUCCCACCAACAAUCGAUUGCAUGCGUAUUACGGGCCCCCUGGAUUACCAGCCUAUGAACCUCCGUACUCGACAAGCCACCCCCCAAUUUUCACCACCACCACCACCACUACUACCACCGUACCGCCGACAACAACCACCACGACGAUGAAAACCACAACGACCCCGCGAACCAGAGAGCCAACGACGCCCUCUACCAUUCCGGAGGAAGAUUUCGAUACGAAUCCAGCUCUGGCCAUCGCUAAUUCCUUCGCCUUUAAUCGACCUGUUUACAUCUACAAUACAUUCCCUUUCUUACCUGGGCACGUAUUGGUCAAAUGAAUGAUUACGUAGCAUCGUUUGUAACGUAUCAAUAGAUUGUUCUAUGAUAAUGAGAAUAACGAAUGUACAAAUUGUUGGUUCGCUAUAUAGUACAAUAGAGUAACACUAUUGAGAAGCGUACAUUUGUCCGGGAAUAGAUUUGAAAUGGAAAAUUAUUGUUAAUAAUUAGUUACUCGAUCAUUCAGCGAUGAAAGAAGUAUUCGUUUUUGGCCAUUUAAAGGGGCAACGAACAAUUUUUCAAAACUCUGACGUUGUUAUUAAAAAUAGCGUGACUUUGUAGUUCUUUAUUGAACGAUUAUGACGCUACUAUCUUAGUAAAUGGUUCACUUUUAAAGUCGAUUUUUGCGGAUAUCUCUAAUUUGCAAUUUGACUCCUCUAACGAACCGAUCGCAAGAUCACAACAAGAACACAUUCGAGGAAUUAUUAUCUUAUAUGUAUACAUUGCUAUUCCGCUUGCUUUUUUCAUAUCAAACGAUUAGAUAUUUAAUAAACAUCGUAGGUAAUAAUAAAAUUAAAACAAGGUGUAGAUCGUAGACUGUGGGAAGUGUUGUCCCUAAUGGUUAGAGAUAAGAAUAUUGUUUUGGGCGAUCGUAGUAGUAAACGUAGGUUGGUGCAUAUAAACUAUUAUUUCUUUUUUAUACUGGAUUUUAAGUUAAAUGGGAUGUAAGCUUUUUUUAUUCGGUAAAGUAAACCGUCUUUUUAAUUAAAAUUAUUUAUUAUAUUUUGUUUUAAUCAACCGACAAUUACAUCGUUUCCUUAUCCUUCAUCGUAGACUCUGUUCAUUUCGGAACAGUUUGCGUAAUAUAACAAAAAAAGAAAAUACCAAAAUGUUAACUACACAAAAUACGGAUGACUGGAAUAUUAAAUUUUGAUUUUCAUAAUUCUUCCGACAUCUAUAAUGUCUAUCGCAAUGCAACAAGAUUAAUUUCUACUUAUUUACUAUGCGAGUUGUUCGGUCUGACGCAAACGUCUACUAGAGAGAAUUAAUCAGAAUAUAGUUCUACUUUCGCUAAUCAAUUCUAUAUACACAUCCUUGAAUGAUUGUAAAACUAGGCACGUAUUAAAAAUCCUUGAAUAAUCUCUAAUAAAAAAAAAAACGAAAUGUAGCACAAGGACAAGAAAAAAGCUA